AUGGGUUUGUCUGCAGAGGCCCAAUUUCAUGUUCUGGCUGUUGAUGAUAGCGUUAUUGAUAGAAAGUUGAUUGAGAGACUUCUCAAGACUUCUUCAUACCAAGUUACUGCUGUUGAUUCUGGAAGUAAGGCUUUGGAAUUUUUGGGUUUGCAUGAUCAAGAUGAUCAAAUUGAUGCAGAUAUUCCCUCUCUGUCUCCAGAUAAUCAUCACCAGGAUGUAGAAGUAAAUUUGAUCAUUACAGAUUACUGUAUGCCAGGAAUGACAGGCUAUGAUCUCCUCAGAAAGAUUAAGGAAUCUCAUGUUCUUAAAGACAUACCAGUUGUUAUUAUGUCCUCAGAGAAUGAGCCAUCAAGGAUCAACAGAUGCUUGGAGGAAGGAGCAGAAGAGUUCUUUCUAAAACCAGUGCAAUUGUCAGAUGUGAACAAGCUUAGACCCCACAUGUUGAAGGGUAGGGCUAUGGAAGACCAAUCCAACAUCAACAAGAGAAAGGUCAUGGAACAAACACAAACACCAGAGAGAACAAGAACAAAGUAUAAUGAUUUGGAAGUGACUUCAUGA